AUGGGACGGCACUUAGCCCUUGGUCCCCUCCAGAAACUUCGUAAAAACUUUUUUUGUAAACAACGGGGAAAAUUUUUUCCGGAGUGCCCCGAUUCAAAACUUGUUGUGUACAAGAUCGACGAUAAUUCAUUACGUGCCUAUUUACGACAGAGUCUUGCUUGGGAUUUAGAUGAAAGUGGUCCAUCAAACACUACAAUAACAACAAAUUCAUCCGCUGGAAUACCGGACUGUUUUUUAAGUUCGAGUAUGAUAAAUAGUGAUAAAUUAUUAGAUAGCUCCGUUAACUUUCCUCGUGAAAUGAGAACGGCUAAUCUAAACCAAAUGGUGUCAAGUAUCAUUGAUGAAAAUCCAGAAUAUCGCAGUGCAUUAAUGCAGCAACAAGCGCAACACAAUGCAACAGUAAUUGAUGCUGCUCAAUAUAUGCAUAAUAUGAAAAGUGCACCACGAACAACAAAAACAUUUGGUUUACUAUCGGAAAGCGGGCAUCCAAGAAAUUUUUCAGAUUCAUCAAUGCCAGGUGUAGCUCCACCAAAAGUGAUUCAGGUAUUACUACGAAAACCAGAUCGUACAGGUGCAAAUGGUGCUGUUAUCAAUAUGUCAUUGCAACAGUUUCGUCAUUUACUUGGUUUACAACGAAGUUCCGGUUCCGGAAAUAGUUUAGAUAAUAAUCCUCGUUCAUUUCGUAAUGAAGGUCGUCGAGUUGGCCAAACAGCGAAUAAUAAUGGCAUCAGCAACAAUUACAAUAAUACGCCAUCUUGUUCAUCUUCAAAUUCAUCGUCUUCAUCCACAACACCAUCGUCGCAAACGGUAGCCGCUGUUUUACGCUUUUCAAAUGCCACAGCUUUUAAAAACCAAGAUAAUAGAAAAGUUCAGCAACAACAACAAAAUCAAUGGACACAUGAACAACAGCAGACUGUUUAUUCGCAACAGUUUCCCCAACAACAUCAGCCUAAUGCAGUAUCACAACCAUCAAUGCUAUACCGACCACAAAGUAAUAGCAACCAUAGUCAACCACAACAAUUUUUUCGUGAUAGACAACAAUCAACAAAUACGAAUCGUGUGGCAUCUCCAUCGCCAAUGAAUUUCAAUCAAUUUGGUCAACCACAAUACGAUUGUUCAACAAUGACAGGUCGAAUACCAACAAUAUAUAAUAAUUCAAGCGAUGUCGCUGUUUCACCAGUUGCAACAUGUCAUGAAAUAAGACGAACCGGAGCAGCGAACACAUUACAUAUAGCUAUCGAAAAGUGUUAUGAACAAUUGAAUUAUAUACGAGAUAGCUAUGCUGAGACCGAAUCAAAAAUUGGUGUUCAAAUUGCUUAUAAAUCACCAUCAAUUGUUGAUAUUACGAAUAUAACAAUGCCGUCAUUAUCAAAUAAUCCAUCUCGAGUUGAUCGAUUAGUGGCUGAAUAUAUCUACGAACAUUCAAGAGUUGUUCGACUUCACGAACGUGUCAAACAAUUAUUGGGUAUGCAAGAUAUUGAAUCAACAGAGCCAGCGAUUGAAGAAUGGUUGAAUGCUAUUAACGUGGUACAAGAAAGACGUAAACAAGAAAUCGAUAAUGCGGCUGAAAAAUGUCGUACUGGUGAACCUAGAGUUCCAGAUGAAAGAGAUGUUUUGGCACUUGCUGAAGCAUUGCGUGUUUUACGUAUAACGACAAGAAAAAUUCGCACAGCGUUAUGGUAUUGGCUUUAUUGGGCAACAAAUAAUUCGACAACAAAAGUUACACUAGUAGCACGUCAACAAGAAGCAUCUCAAACUGAAUCAGCAUUUAAUCAUCACUUACCAAACUGUCCAUUACAUUCCUCAAAUAUCUAUGAUCAACAUCAUUCACCAAAAACACAAUUAAUGGCGCGUCAGGAUGAUCAAAUAAAUUCUCCUCAUACAUUUUAUGAUCUAUCACCCCAAUCAUGCGUUGUUCCACAGCAAAAUGGUUUUUAUUCUCAAUUAAUUAAAAAUCAUCAGACACAAUCUUUAUUACAUGAUGUUAAUGAAUUUAAUAAAAAUUUUAUGAUUGGUAAUAAUAAUGGUUCAAUGAAUGGUUACUAUGGUGAUAAUAAUGACGAAUAUGAUGACGAUGAUGAUGAUAAUAAUAAUGAUACUAAUUUGAAAGUAGAAGAUGAUAAUGUUAUCUUUAAUUCAUUUUUACCAGAUGAUCAAAGUAUUGUACCAUCGACAUCAAGAAUUACACCAAAUGAUACAGAAGGCGAAACAAAUGUAUUUAAUCCUGAAGAAAAAAAAACAAUAUUAAAACGAAUUAAAGGAGCACAAGUAGCAAACGAAAAUAAUAAAGAAAAUGAAUGUAACGAAUGA